GCCCACGCCCUCUCCCUCUCCACACACCCAGCAUGUCGAAGCACGUCAAAGACGCCACGCGCUUCACAGCGACCGGAGUAUGGGCGCACACAAGACCAGGCGGACGCGCCUCGACGCUGCAAUUCGCCGACCCAGCACCCAAGAACGAGACGCCGCAGCAGAAAGUCAAGAGGCUGAGAGAGGCAGCGAAUAGGGCGAAGUUGGCACAGGUGACAAAGUGGGAUUAUGCGUAUUUGUAUGGGAGGAUGGCUGCAGAUGCGGCGCAUAGGUUUACGGUUUAUGGGCUGAUUUUCGCUACGGGCUGUGUUGGUGUCCUCGCUGUCUUCUCGAUAGGAGACAUGAUCGUCUACAACCGCCGGAAACGCGCAAUCUACUUCGCCGACCAAGAGCGCGAACAAGCCAAGAUCCUCGAAAUCGCCCGGUCCGCCGUCGCAGCUGGAACCGCAUCGCCCGCGCAGACGGCGCUCGUGACAGGAAUUGCCGAGGAGGAGGAGGCGAUGGAGAAGAAGAAGACAGAGAGGAAAGCACCUUCCAAGCUGCUGUGGUGGCUGCAUGGUGACUGGAAGGAGGAGAAGCUGCUGGAGGAGCAGAGAAAGGCUGCGCUGGCGGAGUUCAAGAAGGCGGAGGCGGAGGCGCAGAGUUCGGGUGUCAAUGCUGGUGUUGCUAGUGUGACUGCUGCGGUGCAGGAGGCGCGGGAUAAAGUGUCGGACAAGGUGUCGAGCACUCUGUCGACAUCAACGUCCACAUCGACACCAGUUGUCGGCGGUCCGCUGGACCAGGAGGCCGCGAAGGCGACUCAGAAGAUUGAGCAGACAGGCAAGGGCUGGCUGGGGUGGAUGUGGGGAUCCACCAAGAAAGAGUAGGACUCUCACGUUGAGCAAAAAAAAAAAAAAAAGGAGGCAAGGACCUCCGUGUACUAUACUCGACUUCCAGCCUGUACAUCGCUGUUUCACUAUCAUGUAUGCAUCGCGGAGUCAGACGGCACAUGUAGACGGGCGCUGGGUAUCUCUGACAUUCGUGUCUAUAAUUGCAUAUCGACCAUCGGCCGACCAGCAUUCUAUAGAUUCCCCUGGCCUGCGACGGGCA